AUGUUCCAUUUUCGCAGUGUAAGCAGAAUUCUUUCAAAAACGAGAAGCCAACCUCUUAAAAUCGAUUUACAACCUCUUCUUACUAACCAUCUUUUCCUCCUGUUCCGCAAAUUCAAAGUCUCUUCUUCAUUUGAGAAGGGUGCUUCUAUCUCUGUUGAAGGCAAAAAUUUCAUCACCUUCCUAGAUAAUUCAUUUAUCUGUGGCUUUUAUGGCAUGGGAAGCAAAGCUUACUGGUUUGCAAUUUGGUUCAUCAAUUCUAAAGAAAAAACUGCUGUUUGGACAGCCAACUGGGACAGGCUCGUCAACAGCCAGGGCUCAAGAUUAUCUAUUCGGAGAGAUGGAACCAUGGUCUUGACAGAUAUUGAUGGCAGCAUUAAAUGGCAGACAAAUACAACCAGUGCUGAUGUUGCAGCUGAGCUUCUUAAUACAGGCAACCUCGUUUUUGACGAAUCCACGAGGCAGAUAUUCUCUGGAAAAGUUUUGAUGUUCCUACGGAUACUCUUUCACCUACUCAAAUAUUCACCAAGAACAAAAAAUUGA